AUGUCGUGACCUCCAUAGCCAGCGGGCAUCACGUGACUUCGUUUAUGCAGAUUAUAAAUAGACUGAACCUAAGUUGCAUGUUGAACUUGUGUUGCAAAUUGCUGGUUCUUGAUGGAUUUCUUGCUGAGAAGUUUCACUCGAAAGAAAGUCGUAGAUCCAAGGACAUUGACAUCAACUCAGCUUAGCCGCUGUCUGUCGAUCUUUGACUUGACAGUUCUCGGCGUUGGUAGUACACUUGGAGCCGGAAUCUAUGUGUUAGCCGGCGAUGUUGCACGCAACGAUGCCGGACCAGGCAUCGUUAUUUCAUUUGCGAUCGCUGCUAUUGCCUCUAUUCUCUCUGGCUUGUGCUACGGUGAGUUCGGGGCUCGGGUUCCUAAAGCUGGUUCAGCCUACGUCUACAGCUAUGUAGCGAUUGGAGAGCUGUGCGCUUUUGUGAUCGGUUGGAACUUAAUUUUGGAAUAUGUCAUCGGAACGUCCUCAGUCGCCAGAGCGUGGAGCGCGUAUUUUGAUUCACUUUUUGAUGGUCGGAUAAAAAACUUUACCAUCUCUACUAUCGGCGAAGUUCACGUUAAAGGUCUGGCAGAAUACUUGGAUGUAUUAUCUGUGCUUGUGAUUCUGGGAUUGACCGUCGUCCUACUAGUUGGCAUAAAGAAAACUGCCUGGUUCAAUACAGUGUUCACUUCGAUUAACAUGUUUGUUAUCGUGUUUAUCGUGUGUGUUGGGGCGUACUAUGCCGAGCACAAGAACUGGUCGGACUUUGCGCCGUAUGGAGCUUCAGGGAUUCUCGCUGGAGCAGCCACGUGUUUUUACGCGUUCGUUGGUUUUGACAUAAUUGCAACAACCGGAGAAGAAGCUCGAAACCCAAGUAAAGGAAUACCCAUCUCGAUCGUGUUGGCUUUGUCUGUCUGUUUUCUGGCGUAUUUCGGUGUUUCCACUGUCAUGACUCUUAUGUGGCCCUACAAGACGCUUCCUGAGGAUGGGACAUUGCCAAACGUGUUUGCCUUGAGAGGGGCUCCCUGGGCCAAAUAUAUCAUCGCUGUCGGAGCCCUGUGUGGACUGACGUCAUCUCUACUGGGAGCACUGGUACCGCUACCUAGAAUGUUGUAUUCCAUGGCAAGCGACGGCAUCAUUUUCAAGUUCCUUGCAAAGGUCAACCCAAGGACAGAAAUCCCAAUGAUCGCUACAGUGUUAUCUGGAGUCUUGGCCGCGGUUCUUGCCUUUAUUUUUGACCUGCACGCUUUGGUGGAAAUGAUGUCAAUUGGAACGCUUUUGGCUUACACCAUAGUUGCUGUGUGCGUUUUGAUUCUAAGAUACCAGCCUGGGACCAUUGGCCUUGUCAAACAACCGAAAAAUCCGGAAGAAAGCCUGCACCCCCCAAUAGAUGGUGAAUAUACGUCUAGAGAAUCAUUGUUAUCAGGAGAUGAAGUUUUCAGAAACCAUUCUUCGCCUUCAGAAAGAAGUGGCUGGUUAGCGCAAAUUACUACAUGUGUGUCCUGUAUUAUUUCUGCAGGACUCAGUGCCAUGAUUAUAUGGGGCUCGCAAGACAUUGUACAAGCAAAGUGGUGGGCCAUUAUAAUAGUGGUUUUAAUGGGCUUAGGUCUAAUAGGCACCGUUAUUGUCCUCCUCUGGCUGCCCCAGAAUAAGACGCCCCUGGCGUUCAAGGUCCCGUUUGUCCCUAUACUCCCACAGGUGUCGAUAUUCAUCAACAUAUUUCUGAUCUUGAAGCUAUCGUACCUGACGUGGGUGAGGUUCGCAGUUUGGAUGGUAAUUGGCAUGUCCAUCUAUUUGUUUUAUGGUUUGCGGCACAGUGUGGAGGGCGAAAGACAGAGAGGUGAAACACACACGAAUGCCCGGAGUGGAAAUCACACUUGACACCGCUUAGCAGAAGAAUUUCACAAGACUAGAAGAGCGAAUUCUACGACUUCGCAAACCAGUAAAUAUGACGAAAGAACAAGAAGUUGUUAGCAAGGAAACUGACUUAUUUCCCCCCCCCCCUUUUUUUUUUUAACAAGAACCUUUUUUGAAUAAAAAGUUUGAAGCGGAGAAAACCCCAGAUUUUAAGAACAUGCUAAACACGCACGCUAGGCGUAAGAGUUACUACAGGAAGUUUAUUUUGACAACUUUUUAAAACAACAGUACAAUGGGCGUAAACAUAGCGAUAGCUGACCAUGAACACAGAUGAACUUGUCUUAUUGAACCGUUCAUUGGGAAACAACUGCGUUUGGAUGAUUGUCGUUUUUAGAUUGGAACUAUUAAAACAAAUCUACUUAGACUAAAACGAUUGGAAAUGAACACGUAAAAAAGUAAUUAAAAGCGGCCGGCCUCUGUCUGAAAAAAAAAUGGACGUUUUUACAAAAAAAUUGUAUGAACGUGUUAGAACUUAUUAGUUAUUAUUAUUACAAGAUUAAAUUUUGGGCAAAGCCAGCAAGCAAGAGACGUUAAUUUCGCGUGAUGGUACUCGGGAAACAAUGAUAAAAACGCCAUUCCAACGAAGUGUUAAUCUUCUGCGAUUCUUAGGACGACAUAACUUGUUUUAGAUGUAAUCGAUUAGACGCAAAAUAGAAUAAAAGGUCGUUGAUAGAUUCUUUAAAAGUGACAGUAAUUAUAACCUGCAUAAAUAACAUAUAUUCAUGAAAUAAAAUGUGUUUUUAUUCAUAA